GAUAGGGCGCCGAUCGGCGGAUCAAUCCAAAGUAAACAAAGGUCUACUUGUCUUCCAUGGCAACCAGCCAACUCUGCUUCUGUUCUUCCCUAAUAACUGUACCCUUCUCGUCGUCUUCUUCAACUCCAAGGAGGCCUCAGGAGAGACAAACUGUGUUCUUCACUGGAUUAACAUCUAAUAACAGUCUUCCCAAGCUUUCAAACCCAUGUAGUAGGCGGAAGUGGGUGAGAGCUCAGGCUCAGGGUGGUGAUCCCUUGGGAGAUUUUGGUGCCAGAGACCCAUUCCCCGCGGAGAUAGCGAGUGGUUUUGCGGAGAGGGUAUUAGGAAACGUCGAUACGGAGCAUAAAAUCCUCAUUCCUAGUAUCUCUGCUUUAUCUCUAGCCCAACAAGAAUGCUGCCCUAUUUCUCCUUUACAGCCUCCCAUGUCGGAAGAAGAUGCUCAGAAGCUAUUGAGAAAGGUAGUUGGUUGGAGACUAAUAGAAGAGGAAAGGAGCCUUAAACUUCAGUGCCUAUGGAAAUUGCGAGAUUUCAAAUGUGGAGUUGAACUCAUCAAUAGGAUUUAUAAGGCUGUUGAAGCCACUGGGCAUUAUCCGAAUCUUCACUUGGAACAGGCCAACCAAAUUAGGGCAGAACUUCAGACUGCACUUAUUGGUGGUCUGAGCAUGAACGACUUCAUUGUAGCUGCCAAGAUUGAUGAAAUCAAAACAUCAGACCUUGUUCCCAAGAAAAGGAUUUGGGCAUAGUUGUUGUAGUUUCUCUUCCCCCUCCCCCAUGGGAAUAUUUAGACUCAUGCUUCAUGAAGCACAGAGAUGUGAUUGCACAUUUUGUUCUUCCCUGCAACCAAUAGUUGAAUGUUCAUAUUUUCUACAAUUAAUUACAGGUGCAUUGAUAAGGAUGCAUGUGCAAAACAAUUCAUGUGGUUAUGGAGUGCUUGAUUCAGUGAAUCCUGAUACAUAGGAUGAAUGGAAUAGGAGGUUUGUAUAAA